UCACGCGGCCGCUCGGGACGUCGUAGCGGGGGGGGAAGAGCUCGGCGUGCGAGGAGGGAAAAAAAAAAAACCCAAACAACAACAAAAAAAGACCCAGUUCGCCUCGAGCUCUUGGUGUGGCUGAGAACAUGGAGUCUGCAGGGAGAAGCGGCCUUCGUCUCUUCCUAGAAGUCGCGCUUUUGGCGUUUUGCUGUCGCUGCUGCCUGUCCGGCGAGUGUCCAGCUGACGGCCGUGUGUGGGAAACCUUCGGCAACAGCUGCUACCACUUCGUACAUGGAAAAGAAGAUGUUGCGAAGACCUACACCAUCGAAAAGGCACGAGAGAUGUGCCACGGCUACGGACUUUUAUGCAUAAACAGUGAAGAAGAGAACAAAUUCAUAGUGAAGUACUCUUCUCGGGUUUGGAAGGACACUGAAGACAUAUGGCUUGACAUGUAUUUUGACCCCGACAAUGACACUCUUGUCUGGCAAGACCAGACACCUGUGGUUUACACCAACUGGGAGGAUGUUGACGACUUGACCCCCAUGGACACCUGCGCAUCCGCUGACUCCAGUUCGGGGAAGUGGGUGCGAGUCAGCUGUGAGGAUUCCUACAAACGGGUUGUCUGUGAGACAAAACAAGUAUCGGAAAAUGCAGCCAAAAGGGGUAACAGUCAGCUGCUCUCUGUAUUGGUCAUCUUGAGUGUGGUUGUUAUUCUGGGCUUCUCUACUGCUGUCUGGUUCCUGAGCCAGAAGCACAGCUUCGCACCCACCCUCUUCACGUCGUUUGAAUACCACCCACCAUUCCGCUCCCCCAAGUCUGAUGAGACAACUCUUGUGGAAGCAGAGGAGACAGAGGCUGUGGCCUAGUAAAGCCUCCCCCCUCCUCCCAGGUGUCUAUGGUGGAGCCCGGCAGUGACUUUCAUAACACAGGAAGCGCGUUGCUUUGCUUCGCUUCCAGAUUGUUUGUAGUUCUACAUUUCCUGCCUUUGGAGUAUGCAGUGACUGAGGAAGCCUGGUCACUUCUACAAGAAAUGAACUGCUUUCCGUUACCCUAACUGAAGGGACCUGUUACCUGUCCUUUUCCUUUUACAUUUUUAGCAAACUUUCAGUGGUUCAGUGUUCUGAUAUUCACGUAAGUGCAGUACAUGAGAAAAUCUGUAGAGACUGUGACCUUAUCUGCUGCUUUGUUACACUGCAGGUAUUCUCAUUCUUUGGUGACAGUAUUACUACUUGUAUUUAGUGUGGAUCUUUUUGAUUAUUGCCUUGCAUGUUCAAUUUUUCAUCAUUUGCUUUUGUCACUAUACUGCUUUAAGUUUCUCUUAACUGCAUAUGUCUAAAGUAACAUGAGCAAUCUAUAAGUGACAAAAUUUUGAAGCUUUGUUUUAAAAUGCACCUGAGGUAAAACAAAUGUGAAACCAAAACCAAAGAUUAUAGUAUAGGAUACCCUCCUCUUUCAUACUAGAUGUCUGUAACAAGGAUACCAAAGAAAGUCACUACCCUCCGAUUCCUUUGGUGAGGGAGAUGGCAUUCCAUCAGAGAGCACUACUGUCAGUGCAAUAAGGGAAGUAGCAUGAGCCUCCAAGUGCAUGUACCACUAGGCUAUGAAAAACAGCCAGAAGAGUGAAAUGAAGCAAAGGUAAGAGGAUCUAAGUGUUUAAAAGAUAGAGGAAAAACUAAAUCCAAAAGUGCUGAGUAGCACAACAACACUAAAGUUUGGUGUGCACUAAACUGCUGUAAUAUAACCCUUCACCUGCCCCUUGAGUGUACUUUGAGGGACUUUGUAAUCACACGUAAGAACACCUAUGGAAACAUUUUACUGUGUGCUUUAUUAGUGAGUGGAACUGUGAAGUUAAUGGUGUUUAAAUGGAAGUGCAGUCAACAAACAAAUACAAAUUACAUUUACUUCAAGCAUGCCCAUACAGUCUUACUGGUCAUUUUUUAAAUUCCAUUUUAAUUAUGGUUUUUGCCAAAACAUUGUGAAAGUUGUAUGGACAGAAACUUGUCACACUUGAGCAGGGGCUUUGUGUUUGUUUCAAUCCAUACAACAAAUCCAGGGAGGCUUAUCCAAAGACUCAUUGCUGGUAGCCUUACAUCUUUUUGUAUUUGUGUGGCUCUUAAAACUUGAUAAACAUUUUCUACUCAUCUAAGCCUUUAAUGGAAUUAUUAAAUCAGAAGACCCAUACCAUAUUUUCAAUAAAGUCAUUUAUGUAAA